AUGACUGGCAAGACUGUGGCUGCUGUCCUGAUCCUGCUCCUGGUCUCAGCACUUGGAACACAAGGUGAGGUAGUGCCACGCUCAGCCAUUGAGCUCCGGUGCGAGUGCAUAGACACCCAUUCCGAGUUCAUCCUUCCCAGGUUCAUCCAAAAUGUGACCCUCACCCCCAGCGGACCUCACUGCAAGAAUGUUGAAGUCAUAGCUACCCUGAAGAAUGGCAGAGAAGUGUGCCUGGAGCCCACUGCUCCCUGGGUGAAGCGGAUCAUCGAGGCAAUUCUGGACAAGUGAGUCAUUUCUCCUCAAUAAGCACAGCUUACUGGGAACCGGUAUUUUAAUUGAGCUACCUAACACAGACGGUGUGAAGUGCUCCAGAAUUCUGUGUCCUCAGGCAGUUAUUACCUUUUGUGUUCCCUAAUUGUGAC